UUAAUAAAAACCAAAAAUCUUCAUCCUCCAAAAUUCACUUCACUUUUUGCGCAAACUUUCUAGGGUUUAUCUUUUUUUUUUUUCUUUUUCGAACUGGCACUUAGUUUUCCAUAUAAUCACUGAGGUCACGUUUUUUUUCUUUAUCCUUUAUAUAUUCAUUGUUGAUUACUCUUGUUUUAGUUUGCAGGUUUGUAAUUACUGGCAUUCCUUGUUUUCCUUUUCAUCUUCAAAUUGAUCACUACAAUUUCAAUAUCAAUAAGAAAAUUGUCGGUGACCAAUUUAUUCUUAAACAACGUGUUCACCGUUGUAAUCUGAGAAAUCGUGUAGCUGUUAUUUGCCCAUAAGUAUCAUCCUCAAAGAAAGACAUGGAUCUUCAUCAAUGCUUUGAUAACAUGAGAAAGUCUUUGCCGUUUGUAGAAGAGAAUGGCUAUUCUGCUUCAUUUCAUUCUGGUGCCAAUAACUGGUUGGCUUUCUGGUUGUAUAUAGUGACAAGUUCAUACUUUCUGUUAAGGGAAAAUGUCAACUUUUUCAGCAGCAGCAGCAGAGUAAAAUCUCAAGAGAAUGUUUCUUUAUGGAAGAGAAGCGUACCGAAUGGUGCAAUUGUUGUAGAUGAUGCAGUAAGCUACUCUGAGAGCUUAGGGUCUCCCUACAGUAGUUCUUCAUCCACCUAUUUUGACGCUUACUUGGUGAUUUCUGAUUUUGACAGAACAAGUUACUGGCAUUCUUUAGUAAGUCUUGAAGAGGAAGACUCUGAAUGGCUUUCAGAUUCAAUGAUAUCUGAGAACCCGUCAAGUCCUCUAAGCUACAGUGGUGAUUCUUUCACUGAGUUUUCAGAUGUAGACACACCUAGUUACUGGGACUCCUUGCUCAAACUUGAACAGGAAGACCGCGAGUGGAAUAUGGACAAAGCAAGUUACUGGCAUUCUUUUCCUUUACUAAGUCUUGAAGAUGAAGACUCUGAAUGGCUCUCAGAUUCAAUAACAUCCGAGAGCCCUUCUAGCCCUGUAAGCUUCAGUGGAGAUUCUUUCACCGAUAUCUCAGAUGUAGGCACACCAACUUACUGGGACUCCUUACUCAGACUUGACAAAGAAGAAAACAGUGAAUGGGUUUCAGACUUUAAUCAACAACUAGAGCAUGUUCAGGAUGGUUCUCCAAUUUCAUCGUAUAAGAUAAAUUGGGGUAAUGUGGUUCUUCCUCCAAUCUCAACUAUUUCUUCACUCACUGGAGCACACCGUGGCAGGUCUGAAGAUGUUUUUUCAGCAGAACAUCUAUUAAAAACUGCAGACACAGAAGAGUUCAAUGGUGAUGAACCACUUUUUUGGCCAUUUGAAGGGGAAUUUGAUUGGUAUUCUGAGGAAUGUUCAUUUUGUAGCUCGCCUAGGAAAAGGCUCGUUUUUUAUUCGAACAUGGACAUUCCUUUAGAAUAUUUUGCUUUGGACCAAGUAUCUGCAAUUGAGACAUUGGUGGGACUCAAAGAAUUUGAUGGACAUGAGGGUCUUUAAUGCUGGAAGAAACUCUUCACGAGCACAUGCAUAGGUAGGUUCCAAAACAAGUGUAGAGAAAAUAUGACUGCAACUUGUGAAUGAUAACUUAGAACAUAACUUUACAUGAUCUAGCCUCUUUUUUCUGGCUUUAGUAAAUAGUAAAUACUAUAUUUACUGUAGGCUGUAAUUGAAGAACAUGUUUAUGUUAGGGUAUGGUAUUGGUUGUAGAUAUAGGCCACAACCUUUGUUGUUGUUUAUAAUGAAAGAAAUUUUAUUAGUCACUUGUUAUUAUUAUUAUUAAUAUUAAUAUUAUUGGUGCAUCCUGCAUCUUUUUUA